GGGGAAGAGAAGCUGAGGAGGGCAGCAGACAGUUAGCUGGCAGGCAAGCCUUAAAGCAAAGUGCCAAAUUUAGUCACCUGUUGUAGACUUUCUUUGUCGUCGUUUGUUUUCUUUACAGGGUUAACGUAUAGGGCAACACAUUUUUUUCUGAGAGUUUGUAACCAGGCUCUGCCAAAUUAACACUAGCUAACGUAACGCCUAGUUAGCCUCUGACGCUAGCUGCUGUGAACAAUAACAGCUAGUUAGCUCCGCAGGUCUGAUCCCGACAAGAAGUCUCCGCUUCGGUGUGCUACAAGCUGAAACUGUGGAAAAAUGACAUCCAGGAAGAAAGUGCUCUUGAAAGUCAUCAUCCUGGGGGAUUCUGGAGUUGGAAAGACCUCCUUAAUGAACCAGUAUGUGAACAAGAAGUUUAGUAACCAAUACAAAGCUACAAUAGGAGCAGACUUCUUGACCAAGGAGGUGAUGGUGGACGACCGUCUCGUCACAAUGCAGAUCUGGGACACAGCUGGCCAGGAGAGGUUCCAGUCUUUGGGUGUUGCAUUCUACCGUGGAGCAGACUGCUGUGUGCUGGUGUUUGAUGUGACUGCACCCAAUACCUUCAAGACACUGGACAGCUGGAGGGAUGAGUUUCUGAUCCAGGCCAGUCCUCGAGAUCCUGAGAACUUCCCCUUUGUCGUGCUAGGCAACAAGAUCGACUUGGAGAACAGACAGGUAACCACCAAAAGGGCUCAGGCUUGGUGUCAGAGUAAGAACAACAUCCCGUACUUUGAGACCAGUGCCAAAGAAGCCAUAAAUGUAGAACAGGCAUUCCAGACAAUUGCACGCAACGCCCUCAAACAGGAGACAGAGGUGGAGUUGUAUAAUGAAUUCCCAGAGCCCAUAAAACUGGAUAGGAACGACAGAGCUAAACCUUCAGCAGAAAGCUGCAGCUGCUAAGGGACAACUUGGACCAUCUUCUCUCUUGGCUUUCUGAAACGCCCCGUCACCGGUUACAUCACCUGCACCUCGCUCCCAGGGAAAGGACUUCCCUACCGGUCUUCCUCCUUCACGCCUCCGUUUAUUCCAUCGACACGACCCCUCACGCAGUACGCUGCACAUGGAUGUAUUCCCCCUUUCACUUAGCACACAAAUUAAUCCACUAGCGUACUCUGGUUAAACAAAACAAAAAAACGCUGACAAAUCCAGUGCCCAAAGAUCACACGAGAGAAGAAUGACACCCCUUCUGCCCUCCCAGUCCCCGACUUUAUAGUGAGUGAUCUCCUGUCCCACCCAUCUAUUUGUCUGACUCGCACACUGAGGGAGCAAGAUGGAGCCAUGUUCAAAGAGUGCAAUUGGGAACUCUAGAUGGACUGGUUGAUGCUCUGUAAUGUGAGACGAUGUUGGCUAAGGUCAGCAUCCCAGUUAUCCUAUUCUCUCUUUCUGUUUUCUGUUUGCUUUCUAUUGCCUAUCUGUCAAGAAAUAAUCAAGUUGAACUAUAUAUACACUCAUAUGUAUAUAAAUAUAUAUACAUAUAUAUAUUUUAAUUGGCUGAUGCUAUUUCUUGAGCCAAUCUGAAACACAUAUUUGUUUUUUUUGCACUUUCUUAUGUUUUUGCCUUUAAAUGUUCUAAACUUAGAGGGAUGACUGAUUUUGGGCAACGUCUGCUACCACGCGCCUUUUUGGUAAACUUAAAUUAUACCUCCUCACUUGUUCUCCCUGUCAAAUUCUCCCCCUGAGAAUCUGUUGAACACUUUGGUGAUUGUAUUGACUUUUCCCUUCGAGGUUGUGUGUUUAUGGCUUUAUAACUGCCCCACACUUCAGAAGACAUAAGUAGACAUUAAGUAAAAGCUGAUAACGCAAUCACUGUGUAAAACAUUGAUUCCUCGACAUAUUAAUAUUUGCCUUUUAUGUAACAUUACUUGUUCCGCUACUAUUACUGCUGUAUGUGUUAUGUCCUUCAUCAGACAUUUUUCAACGCUAUGAAAUUACAAUGUGUCACAAACACAGCUUACACCUUGUCUUCUGUCAUGUCUUUGUUAUCGCUGUUCUCUCUAUCUGCUUGUAGCUCAGGUUGGCUUAAGUACUUAAUAUUUUUAAUGGAUUGUGUAUUACAGUGUAUAGAUGGUAAAGGUAAAAAGGCUGAUGGAUUGAACUGAAAUGGAUGUUCUCUCUUUCCAUUUGAAGAAAAGAUCCAACUUUUGCCCUGGUAUUACUCCUUCUCCUUAUAGAAAAAUCACUGCAAUGCCAAUGAUGUCAAAGAAAAUUGGGACGUCAAAUAAUAAAACUCUUGAAUAUA